AUGGCAACCAUCGACGCCCAGGACCUCAAACAAAGAAUUGGGCGCUUUCGAGUUCUGAUCAUGGGGAGAGCAAACGCAGGCAAAACGACUAUUCUUCAGAAGGUCUGCAACACCACAGAUCAACCAGAAAUUUACGAUACCAAAGGAAACAAGAUCGAUACUGCCAUUGUGGAAUCAUCAAUCAAGCGCGGGAAUCACGACAUCAUGAACGAGAUGGUGUUCAGGAGCAAUCCCAUUUUCGUGUUUCACGACUCAUGCGGUUUCGAAGCGGGGUCUGAAGAAGAAUUUGAGAGCAUGAAGAAAUUCAUCUCAGAACGCGCACAUGCGACGAAAUUAGAGGAGCGAAUCCAUGCCAUCUGGUAUUGUAUUCCAAUGGACGAUCCAUGUCGAACCUUCCAGCGCUCAGAAGAGAAGUUCUUCCUGGAGUGCGAUACUGGGCGCGUUCCUGUGGUCAUGAUAUUCACGAAGUUCGAAGCUUUGCGUCCAUUCGCUUGUGGAGAAAUCAAGAACAAAUUAAAAGGGGUAUCGGGUGAAGAACACUCAAAGAGGAUUGCCGAACACGUUGAGGAACUGUUCACUAAGACAGGUAUCUGGGAUCGGUUGCGCAACCCUGAGAACCGUGCCCGCCCCAAGUCCUAUGUACGCUUGCAGAGUAAGUGUUUCAGAUCAAUUUCUCCCAUGUCAAAGUUAACAUUAGCAACCGUCCUAGAUAUGAACAAACAGAAUACAAACUGUGACGCUCUACUGGAAAGCACCACUCUUGCAUUGGAUGAUGAAGAAUUGCAGUUGUGCUUGGUAUCGACGCAACAAUUGAACAUGGAGCUUUGUAUCAAGUGUGCUAUCACGUGA